GGGCGCCCAAUAGCAGGCGCGCGGCGCGGGGCAAGAUGGCGGCCGGGAGGCGGGGCGCAGGGCGCGGCCUAGUGCGGGUUUACACGUGCGGUUUAGAUCCUGUUCGCUGACCGUGUUUUUGACGUGAGCCGGCUGCGAGGAGCCGCUGGGACCUGCCCGUCUGCCCAAGACUUCAAGCCUCACAAUGACACCAGGAAAGCCCCCGGAAGUAGUUUCUCCACUGGAAAAGAUAGAGGCUGAAACAGCCAAAGUUCUGCAAGAGUUGUUUGAACAGCUUCCAGAAGAAGAUCAAACAUUUUUGCAACGUGGCUCAAUCUUCCUUGGACUAAAUGCAAGCGUGUGUGGCUUAAUAGCAAACAGUUCAUUCAGGAAAAUCCUAAAUAUCUCACAGGCUCGUAUAGUAUCUACAUUGCCAACUAUUGUCAUCCCAUUAACCGCAACAUACGUAGCUUGCAGCAGUUUCAUAGUCCACCCUGUAUUAACAGGUGAUCCAAACUGUUUAUCCUGCACUGUAGUCAAAGGAGGAUUAAUUGGGUCUGGUCUAGGUACUCUGUACCCCGUUGCAUUGGCUUUGUUCCUAAAUGGAGGCCUGGCAGCAAGAGUGCCACAUCUAGACUGAGAUGUGCAAUAUGUAGCAUGGAAGCAUAAUAGAAGUGAGCUACAAACCAGCCCAUUGUUAAGACAGCAGGCACAGUAAUCAGAAAUCAGAUUAUAAAUCCUUGCUUCACAUUUCCUGGACCAUCAUGGCUACAGCAUCACUUCAACACUACUGCAAGUAGAACUAUUUCAUACUUAGAGUUGGUUUGGGAAGCCUAGCAACCUGGGCUCUAACUUGAGCUCUACUCUAACUUUAGCUCCUUGUAUAAACUCAGGUAUGCCACCAUAUGUGCCUCCAUUUCCUCAUCUGAAAAAUAGGGGGAAAUGUUGUUACAGUAUAGCAGUGUUGCCAUCUCUCAUGAUUUUUGGCACUGUUCUUAAAGUCUAAGCUUCAGGAACGUGAAAAAUGUAGCUAUUGCUUUUAUGCAUAUAUAUAUAUAUAUAAAAGAAAGAGCUAAGUUGUGCACAUUUCCAAAUGGUAGACUUUAGAACAACGCCAAUCAUCAUGAGAGUUGGCAAUACUGGUAUAGUCCUCAACCCGGACUGGGGCUCGAUCAUACUCCGUGCAAGUAUGAAAAGAACAGUAUACGCUCUAAAAAGUUUCCAGUCUUUGGUGAUAGGUGAUCACCAGGGAUCCGAGUUUUCCAUUUCGCACAGAAAAUUGAGAAAACCAUGGAUUCCCUGUUUUUAUCGGAGAAAAGGUGGAUUUCUCUUUUUAGCAGAGAAAGCUGCGGAUUCUCCACUUUGCUAAGCGCUCUUACAGGGCUUCACAGCUCCAGCCUGCAGGAGCCAAUUGCAAAAAGGGCGAGAAACCCCCAGCCCUGGCCAGUGGGGGAGGGAGACGGGGGAGGGCAGAGUCUAAGCCUCUGAGGCAGCCUGGGCUGGGCUCAAGCUCUCACACACCUUUGCCCCUGGAGCAUGGAGCUAAGUGGGCCUGUGGUGCAGGGCUGGGGGAGAUGGUUGGGUCUGAGGGAGCAGGGGGUGCUGCCGGCCCCAGGCGGCACAUCGCAGCUGGGAGCGGGGCCAGGGGAUGAGGGCAGGGGUGCCCCUCUGCGGGGGGCUUUGCAGGCAAGUGAUGCGGGGCUCAGUGUGUUGGUGCCCACCAUGUGCAGGGCACGCACAUGCCGCCUGGCUGGCUGCCCGGGGCACCCGCCCACAGGCACCCGGCUCGGGCAGUCCUGGGGGGCACCGCAGCUGCGGAGGGAAGGAUGCACUGGACCCCCAAGCAGCUCAGGCAGGCUCCAGGCAGGGGGAAAAAAAAAAGAUCAUGCUCACCACUUUUCUUGGCAGGAGACUGCUUUCCCGCGCUGCUGCCAGGCUGCCUGCAGGGCUUCCUGCAGAGCCACACAGAGCCUGGUGCUUCGCUCCGCGGCUCUAGGAGCAACCACCUAAAACUCCUCGGACAACAACAAUAACUAACCGGCAAAUAUUUUAAAUACAGACACACUGAAAGAUACCAGUCACGUCUUUUCAACACAAAAUCUGUGUCAAAAUUCCUUUGCACUGUAUGAAAUAAAGCAAAUUGUAAGCUCUA